CUCGUCGUUCCUUCCAGUUUUUUUUUUCGAUCGAAGGAUAGGGGAAGAUAGUUGUCGCUCUGUGUACAUAUAUAUUGACAUUGAAGGGGGUGGGUAAAGCUCAAGAACGACGUAAUCGUAAAAUCAAAGGUGUUGUACUACCAGUGCUAACAGUUUUGAUUUGACUGGUAAAAUCAUAUCAUCAUCAAGCGCACCCUAAUUUAUUGUGCUGCUCAUAAUUGUGCCGUUGCACAAGAAAGGACAGCAAUAGCAAGAAUAGCUCGUUUCCAAGAGCUCGCAUCUUUGGUCGACUGAAAGAAAAAAUCGGCAGGAUCAGACUAUGCUGCCGGUGACUCCCGGCCUCUCGCCCGAGGGCAGCGCGUCCAAGGCCGGCGUGAGCAGCUUCGACAACGUGCUGCCGGACUAUGGAAAUCCCGCGGGCUUGUGUCUGCCAAGUCAACUGGUGUCCGAGUCGCAGGAGGAGGACCCGACCGUGCCGAACCUGCCUCUGCAUCCGGAGGAAGCGGAGAAGCAUCAGACGGAGGUGAUCUCGAAGACGCUGGACAAGCUGACCCGGAAGUUUUUGCACAAGGUGUUUCCCCCCGGGUGCGAAGUGAACAACCGCGACAGUCUGUACGGGGGCCGCGCCGGUUGCGCGUUCCUCCUCGUGAAGAACAAGAGCUACUUCCUCGGGCACGAGUACUUCAUGCACGAACUGGUUGACCAGUUGCACUACCGCCACUUGGACCAGGCUAUCUCGGAUUUUCUCACACCCAGCAUCACCUGGGGACAAGACCGAAGAGAAAAGUCGUCCCUGUGGACAGGUAAAGGAGUUUUGGUAUUGUAUAUGUCAGUUGGAAAACGAGUUUGGCAUGCGCAUGAUUGAAGAAAGUAUUCACGACUCUAGAAGUACACUAAACUGGCACGAGAGGCUAGGUGCCGCGCAGUGAAAUAAACAUACUUGCUUGCAUGCAUCAUUUGGGAAAAUCUUGUGUGAUACCAUCUAAAAAGCACAACAGGCUCUAUGGGUCUGCGCUUUGCGCGCAUGUACCACAGGUGGCUGACUGGUAUGGAAACAAAGUCCUGAGUCAGAAAAGAGUCGGUCAUCUGCGCACAAACGACGCAAUUGUCAUUUCCGUCGGUUUAUUUCUUUUUUGCAUAACCGGAACAUGAGUUUCCAAUUGUACGUAGAUCAGCAAGAAAAAAAGUAGAUCUUUCUGUACACGCUGGUGGACGUUCAGCUCUGAAAAUAUUCUUCAGCUUGUGUGGUAUUGUUGGAUCGUGAGCUCUAGAGACUGGUAUCAUGAUGAUAGAUCUGUCCGAAACAACUUGAGACUUUGCGGGCAUAGGAAAGCUGGAUACCGCAUACAUUACUGGCACGGUGCAGGAUGAGGUGGAGUUGAACCUUAUCCUGAGUAAAAACAUUCGUACCCCAGAGUCACGAUGGGGAUUUUGCAACACAAACGUAGAACGUUUGGGGGUCACGCAUCACACGUUGCAGUCCGUAGUGUAGUGCAGGUUAACAAUGCCAGCCGCAUCAGAAACCCAUCUGCUCAUCCUGUUUACAGCAUUACAAAUGCCUAAACACGACUAGAAAUGCCUCUCGUGGCGAUGCGCAUUACAGAUGUUCCUGUCGUCGCAAAUCUGCAUGACAACUCUGGGGUGGGGACGUUUUGACAAAUGAUAAACCUGCUCGAAGAAAACGUGAACUGGAUGGAAUACCGCGCAGGCGAAGGCGAUAUCAAAUGCAAAAAUGUCUGGGUCUGGAAGAACCCGAACUUGUGAUGCUGCACUUGGAUUCCACAAAAAUCUGUAUUGUGUGAGCAGCAAAGGGAGCGUGAUUUUUGCUACGCGGAGAGGGCAUUUGUCAUGCGGAAUAGGCAUCAAGAAGCCCUCAAAAAAUCUGUGAUGCUAGGGCAUGCAUCACAGACAUCACGGCUCAUGCAAAACGUGCAUGACAAGUCUCAAAACCUUCCAGACCCAGACAUUUUUGCAUUUGAUAGGCGAGGGUUUUUUGUGCGGACGCGCCGGCUACCUGCGGGCCCUGCUCUGGUUGCUCUCCGCUUGCAGGUUCUUCGGUGCUUUCGCCUUUCAAGAGUCAUGAUGUAGCACUAAGUUGUGUUUGACGCAGUAUUUUUAGAGUUUUUUCCAAAUAAGACAACAUUUGCGCAGUUACCACAAUGUAUCAAACCUUAGGUACGACAAGACCGAGAAGAGACUGUUGGAGAUGAUCCGCGUAAACGCCGAACAGAUGGUGGAGUCGCUGGGCAAGUUUGCAAGGGAGCACCCGUAUCGCAAUGAAAAUCGCAGCUCUUGAUAUUAUAUGUCCGCGUGUUCUUGCUGUGCAUGUGCAAAUGUUGUUUUUAUGCCAGAAGAAGCUUGUACUAAAUUGUUUUUAUGCCAGAUCUACUUUGUUUUUGGUUUUUGUACUCUGUCAUCUUUUUUCUUAUCGGAGAACGUCAGUUACCGCAAGAAGACACGCCCGGGAGCGAGCGUUUUCAUUCCCACAAUCGGUACGAGACCACCACGAUUCCGUCCUCGUCUGUGUUUGUCUCGUUGCCUCUUCGGUGCCGGCAAAUGACCCCAGAGUCGCUUAGGAACACGUUGCUGAUCAACGAAGGUGACGUGGGCGGCUCAAUGGGCCUUAUCAAAAUGAAGAAAGCCUCAUUGCCAUAGGCGGAGCUUUCAUAUACUUACUGAAACGUCGCAUGAUCUUCAUGUUGGAGCGAGUGCAGGGAGAUUCUAACUGUCAAUAGGGUUGCACCAGUCUCCUAGCUCGAUGCUUGUCCUUUACUGUAGGCCAAGCGCCAAUGAGGAAUGGAACUUGUGUUCACCAGUCGAGCAUGUGGGUGCACCAUUCGAUAUCAUUUUGAGUGUGGUACUGCAACGGGGGCUUUCUUCCUCUUGACAGGCUUGAUGGGCAUUUACCACGUACUGCUGCUGAUCUUGCGGGAAUGGAACAAGCGCGACCUCGAGGUUUUGGAGUGGCAGUCGGAGUUACUGGAUUCCUUGCUGUUCCUGGAAACGAAGGAGAAUCUAUCCCGCGGAACAGAGUUUACAACGAUAGUUCCUUUUUCCGCAGUGGCCAGCUAUUCGUGGAGGUGAAAGACGUUGCUUAGAAGUACAGAGUUCAAGAAUUUCAUUGAUUCAGUGUGGCAUGUUUGCAUGAAACUGAACUCAGAGCUGCAGAAUUGAAAUGAGUGCGAAUUACAUGCUGCAGGUAAAAAUAUUUUGCAUCUACUGUAUGUCCUGCAUUUUGAUUUGGAAUGGAAUGCCUUUGGUCAUCCUGGUCGUAACUUAGUUUGCGAAAAAAGAAAAACGGUAUUUGUCCCCGGGGAUAACACAUCUGGAAUGGCUACCCGAAGGAUCUGGAAGAACCAUGGAGCGGGGGCCGCUUCACGGAGAACACCUUUCACAACGGAGCGACGUCAGCGGUGUGGCUCUUCUCCCUGGCGCACGAGGUACUUCCUGCUGUUUUUGAUUUGCAUACGGUUUUUAAUACAGGUUAAUAUUAGCACUGCAGUAAUGAUCCAUCUGAAAAAACUAAAAAUUCGCAAUCAUAAAGCUUGAGUACGGAACCGCGAAACAGGUUUUUCAGCGGGACUCUUUCUUGAAAGCAGCGGAACGGGCGGCCGACCACACUUGGAAAGAGGCGAUGACAUUUGCCGAAGUGGAGCAGGAGGAGGUGCGCAAGGCUCCGGAGCUGAGCAUUGCCCUGGUGCAGUACGAUGCAAAUGGCCAGAAGGCGAAGUCCGCCGCCUUCAUGAACGGGGCCAGUCGUACAAUAUUACACAUUUUUGGCUGUUUUUUUUUUCGCUGGAUUUUUGCACAGAAGUUCGUUGUGGCGGGCAGCUUCUGUGAUUCUGCUGGCUUUCUAUACAUAGUUACUAAACAACAUGGUCUCAUCAAUCUUUAUGGACACAAAAGGUACGGCCUGUGAUUGUUUUCAAAUAAAAAAUCCUUGUCCAGACACGACGAUGCACGGCCACGGGCAUUCGUCCAGUUUCGAGCCGGCGCACCACCACAACACGACGCUGACACAAACCAGUUUCAAGGGCCACUCCACGUCGGUGAGCGGUAUGGGCGCCUACAACAACAGUUCCCCCACGCCGCCGCUGCCGCCCCGCGCGACGUCGCGACACCGGACCCAGCGGGAAAAGACCGCGCAAGCACAGCUGUCACUGGCGGGAAACAAGUCCUCGGGGCACACGACGCAGCAGUCGCUGAUAGACGACGACGGAGAGGCAUCAGAGUGCACAAUUCCCCCUCGUCCUCGUUUCUCAUCAUGCAAAGUCCCAAAUCCAAUUGCUACCUGUUGUCACUUCAUUUUGAUUUUACAUUGCAAUAUAAUGCAUGACAGAUUCCGGAAGCGCAAAUACAAAUAGAAAUAGUACAACACUAGCCGAAUCAUGAACCUGUCGUGCAAAGGAUCCACGUGUGCUAGUGCUUCGAUUGCUCUUCAUGCCAUAGAAGUGACCGGGACCGGGAGGGGGGGGUUGUGCACUCUCAUAGGAGGACCCUGGCAGCGAUGAAGAGGAGCGAAAGGACUUCCGUGUGUACGGCAUCGACGUUGCCGACCGAACGGCGCGGAGCAGUGGGCGACAGGCGCAGAUCAAGGGCUUCUUACUGCCGGCCAAGGAUCCCAGUGCCAGCCCAAAGAAGAGCGGGAACCCGUUUGGGAAGAACAAGCAGAGCGGUGAAGCAGAUGAGUCCGAGAUGCCCAUGAACGUCUCACACCCAGACAAGUAAGAAGACCUAUUACUAUCAAUUUUGUUUCCAGCACCGAAUCUGCACUUGAUCUUCAAGAGAAAUGCAAUGCAGAGGCUUUCAGAAUUUUUGAAUUGCGAUAGAGGUAUCAAUCCUCAAUGCGAACACUUCACGCGCAGCGCUUCGAGUGCGAAGAGCAAAAUCGAAAUCCAACAAUUUUCUGAUGACACAUUAUCAUCAAACAGACUGGGCAUUUUGCACGACAAGUAUUUCACCUCGACGCGGUCGGUGUACUCGGACACCAAGUCCUGGCUUUCGCACGAGCCGCUGGUUCUGUCCGCCAAGACCGGGCGGUCCAUCGCGACCCGGCCCUUCCUGAUCAAUCACGGCAAGAACGCCCUGGCCCGCAUCGCGAACGUGCGGAACUCGGCCACCUGGGACGGUGGGGUUUUCAAGCUGGGGGAGAAGGUGCAGCAGGACCAGCUGGUAUCAAAUGUAAAAAUGUCUGGGUCUGGAAGAAUGCGCGAUUUGUCAUGCAGUUUUUCCAUGACCCAUGGGGUCUGGAAUGCAGAACCUAGCAUGACAGAUUCUGUGCGAUCUCUCUCAUGCCUAUCCUGCAUGAGAAACUCCCUCCCGACUUGGUCAAAACUGGACGACUUUUGGUAAUCAUGCAACACAGAUUUUUGCAUGCUUCAGAUUUAGCAUGACAAGUUCGUUGCAUUCUUCCAGACCCAGACAUUUUUACAUUUGAUAGCUGGUGGAAUUCAGCAAGAAGAACCGAGUGCUCGAUACGCGCCUCUUCAACGGGUGCGCGGGCUAUCAAAUGCAAAAAUGUCUGGGUCUGGAAGAAUGCAAGAUUUGUCAUGCAUAUUUCUCAUGACCCAUGAUGUCUGUGAUGCAAGCCGUAGCAUCACAGAUUUUUAGAGCGCUUUGUGAUACCUGUACCGCAUGAGAAAUGCCCUGUCCGCGUAGCACAAACUGCACCCCUCUUGGUCAUGCAAAACAAAUUUUUUUAGAGUCCAAAAACAGCAUGACAAGUUGCAAUCAUCCAGACCCAGACAUUUUUACAGCUGAUACGGGCAACGCGUACGCGAUGCUGCGGAUGGCCAAGGCGUGCGAGGACCCGGAGGAGUCGGCGAGGUGGAUGUUCCGCGCCCGGCAGCUCGCGCACCUGAUGUGCGACCAGAUGUAUCGAAGGGAAAAGAUGUUGUCGUCGUGGUCGUGCUCCAACCCGGGGAGGGCGAACUGUUUGUCUUGCAAACUUUGAUGCGGAUGGUGAUGGAACCUUUUGUAUUGCAAGCAGGGAACUCGAACUACGUGGCGUAUUUUGAUGUUUCACCAUAUCGAAGCCGAGGUUGUCGUUGUAUGUUUAUGUGGUUGACAAAUUCCACUUAUAGCCCGGCGCUGCGCAAGAGCACAGAUUCUCGUCGCUAAUUUAGGGCGGAAAUUCUUUGUGUCAUGGUCAGACAUAACUAGGCAAAUAAUGCGUAGUUUGUGCAUAUACAAACAUUUCGCCAUGCCGGGGUAACAGCGCUUUUCGUGCUGAUAAAGUGGACGCACACGUGGACACGUUGGGCGCCAUCGACUUCCAACUCGGGAACGGAUUUGGGGGGCUGAUCGCCUUCCUGAUUGACGUCCUGAACCCCUACUCGGUCGAGGCCAAGUUUCCGCUCUUCGAGUAGGCGAAGCGCACAAUUUGGAUGUUGCACUAGCUGAGGUUGUGAUGGAAAUGAUAGUAUACUCUUCCGUUCGUCAUCGUCAUGUUGAUGUCAGCAUUCGGUCCGAUCCUUUCAAACCUUACAUUUUUACGCAUCAGCAUCAAAUAGCUCUUGUUGCUUUCGUUUUGGAAUGAAAUGUUACUUAGUUACGAAGCAUAGCCAUGGUUUCCGGUCAACGCAUUUUUUUGUUUUUUCUCCAAGUUUUGUUCAUGGGAAAAUGUAUGAUACUAUUCAAAAUGUAUACUACUGCAUCGAAACGUUCUUGCGCUAGACAAAUGAGUUGCACAUUGGUAGAAAAAUAUCAGUUGAGUCAUAGGAUCAUCACUGCAGAGCAUGGUACUCACGUUUCACUGUACAUUAGUUGGCUAAGUAUUUUUUUCUGUCAUGCCCGGAAAGAAAGAGAAAGGAAAACUCUGC